UAAAUAUUGCUUAAUAAAGCACAAAACCAGUACCUGAAUGCUCCCUCGCCUGAGUCUCCUUCUCCUCCGCACCUUCCCCCGCGACCUCAUGGCGGCGCGCGUCGCUUCACGCGCCUUCUCCACCGCCGCCUAUUUCCGCCGUUCACCGACUCUCUUCCCUUCUUCUUCCGUCUGUUUUCAUGCCUCGUCCUUGUGUUCGGAUUCUUCGGUGUUUGGUGGAAGGCUCAGUGCUUUGCGCUGCGAAGAUCGGAGCAUUUCGAAGGUAUUUGCGUCCCAGAGAGGGUAUAGGAAGGUGCGGCGUCGUCCGGCGAAGAGUCGUAAGGAGAAGGAGUUGGAGCUCAAUGUCGAUAUUUGCAUCGAAGAACAAUUGCCCGACGAUUCCGAAAUUCUGGGUAUUGCAGAAAUGCUCCGUCUAAAUGUUCCAAUGGCAAUGAAGUUGGCAUUUGAUAGUCUAAAAAAUUCAGAGUACAAAACAAGAGAACCCGCUGUAGAUGACGUUGGCUGUUUUGAUACUGUUGAGUUGUCAGUACUUCUUUGCAAUGAUGAGUUCAUUCGCAAACUCAACAAGGAAUGGAGGGAUGAGGACCAUGCCACUGAUGUUCUUUCCAUGUCGCAACAUGUCCCCGAACUUAAGCUUCCAAUUCUCAUGUUGGGUGACAUUGUAAUUUCUGUUGAGACAGCUGCAAGGCAAGCAGAGGAAAGAGGGCACACUCUUAUUGAUGAGAUACGGAUACUCCUGGUACAUGGGUUGUUACAUCUAUUGGGAUUUGAUCAUGAGAUUAGUGAUGAAGCUGAGGCAGAAAUGGAGGAGGAAGAGGAACUGCUUUUGAAGAGUCUUGGGUGGAAGGGGAAAGGAUUAAUUCAGAGUGCAAAUGAUGCUGAAACCAAUGGAAUGCCUCAUAUAGAUAAUCCAGAUGACAGGAAGAAAGAAGGCAGUCUUCGAUUUUACAAACCAAAGUUUAGCUAUAUCUUCUGUGAUAUGGAUGGCACACUGCUGAACAGUCAAAGCCAAGUUUCUUCAACUACUGCAAAAGCUUUGAGAGAGGCCUUGUCAAGGGGUGUCAAAGUGGUGAUAGCCACUGGUAAGACUCGCCCAGCUGUGAUAAGUGCUUUAAAGAUGGUAGACUUGGCAGGAAAAGAAGGCAUUAUUUCAGAGUUUUCCCCUGGAGUCUUCUUACAGGGAUUGCUUGUUUAUGGUAGACAAGGUCGGGAGAUCUUUAGAAGGAAUUUGGAUACUGAUGUCUGCAGAGAGGCAUUUCUCUACUCUCUGGAGAAUAAAAUUCCACUUAUUGCAUUCAGUGAGGAUCGUUGCUUAACAUUAUUUGAUCACCCUCUUGUGGACACACUUCAUACUAUAUAUCAUGAGCCAAAGGCGGAGGUCAUGCCAUCAAUUGAGGACCUCUUGGCUGGUGUUGACAUACAGAAGCUGAUCUUCUUAGACACUGCUGAGGGAGUGGCUACUACUCUGCGACCUUACUGGUCAGAAGCAACAAGAGAUCGUGCUACUGUUGUGCAAGCUGUGCCAGAUAUGCUCGAAAUUGUACCCUCUGGAACUUCAAAAGGGAGUGGAGUAAAAAUGUUGCUUGAUCAUUUGGGUGUCACUGCAAAUGAGAUAAUGGCUAUUGGUGAUGGCGAAAAUGAUAUCGAGAUGCUUGAAUUGGCAUCUCUGGGCAUUGCUCUCAGUAAUGGAUCAGACAAGACAAAAGCCGUAGCUGACGUGAUCGGUGUCAGCAACGAUGAAGAUGGAGUGGCUGAUGCCAUUUACCGUUGCACAUUCUGAGCUUUCAGGUUCAAGCAAUCAUAAAUUUAGGAUGGACUGAGUGGCUUCUUGUUAUAGUUAGGCACGAACGAUGCUCAAUAUUUUUCAUCUAAUUUAUUAUCCUACUUUCAGUUGGAAAGGAUGAAUUUUAUACCAGCCUAGUAAUAGGUGAGAAAAAUUGGUGUCCAUUUUUUUCUUAGUGAAUGAAAAUGUAAUAGUUAAUAAUUUAUAGGUGAUUCUAUUUUUUUUCUGUGGAAUCGAUGUAUUUCUUAAUAAGAUCCUGUGACAAUAGGUCUACAAAUACUAUUUUUAUUUUUACGAGUACGAAUUGAUCAAUUUUAUGGCAAA